AUGGACGUCGACACAGAUAUCAGCCAAUACUUUCAAGUAAUCGAAAACCAAAAGCGAGUUCUGCAGCAAGCCAAAAUCCGAAAAGGGCAGCGUCCUCGCGAUCGAACUCCCAAAGGACAGAUGUACAUGGAAUUCAUGAUGGCUCUCAUGGCCACUUCGACGAUGGAACGAAGCAAGAAAAACAAUUUGAUACAUUCUUCAUUCAUUCCACCGGCAUAUCUACCAUGUAUUACGCCUCUCGCACAACUUACGCCAAUUGCAAUCGACCAGCUUACGCUUGAGACGCAUCACCGCGGGAAGUACCUCCUGCUCAAGGCUAUCACACCACCUAACCGCAUGACUGGCAUACUUUUACUUGCUGAAGAUGAAUACGAGGACGUUGUUGUGCUGCAGCUGUAUCAACAAGAAGAAGAAAAUAUCCGUCCAGCUACUGACGUAGUCGACGUUGGCACAACACUGCUCAUUAAGGAGCCGUAUUUCAAAAUCAUGGCUUCUGGAGACUAUGGGCUGCGCGUUGAUCAUCUUUCUGACGUUUUGCGUAUCGACCAAAAUGAUCCCAUACUCCCGAAACGGUGGUGUCCACGUAUAACCGAUACUGAGGGUUCUGCUGAGAUAUCAAAGUCCGAGGGCGACUUCGCCAUGGGUGAAGGAAGAUAUUGGAAAGCUAUUGAGAAAUACUCGGAAGCGAUAUCCCAAAAACCAACAUCAGACAGGGUUGAGAUCAUCAAGCGGAACAGAUCACUCGCGUAUCUCAAAACAAAGCAGUUCGACAAUGCCCUGUGUGAUACAGGGUUUCCCAACUUUGGACCCAACCCCUCCGAAAAAGCCCUGUUUCGCGCGGCAGAGGCUCUGUACUUUCUUCGAAGAUUCGAUGAAAGCAGCCAUGUGUUGGAUACGAUACGCUCAACUUUUCCGCACAACAAGCAAGCGUCGACUGUUUCCAUUCGUGCUCAAUGUCGACGCUCAGAGGCCGACACCGGGGUCUACGAUUUCAAGCUGCUUCAGAAAGAGGCAAGAAAGCUUCAGCCUCCACAUCUGGAUCAUGCUACUUACGUAGGGCCGGUCAAAGUUCAGAAAGUUCCAGGAAAAGGCCGUGGUCUGUUUGUGACGAAACCUGUUAAGGCUGGAGACCUUCUCUUGUGCGAAAAAGCGUUCAGUCAUGCAUAUGUAGUCGAAGGUGGCUCUGAAGAUUCAAGUAUUGCCUUGCUGAUCAAUUCCGAAACAAACCGAGGGUUCCUAGGUGGUCAGGCCAGCCUCAUCAAGCUCAUCGUGCAGAAAAUGCAUUGCAACCCAUCCCUUGCUGCAGCUUUCACUGCGUUACACCAUGGGAAUUACAAACCGGCUAGCACCUCCGCAGUGGAUGGAAGACCGGUAGUCGACACAUUCUUGGUAGAGCAGAUCAUGACUUUCAACGUUUUCGGCUGCCCGCGUUCCAGUCUGCAAACCUACAAGAACGCUGCGUCUGACCAGUCUAAGCAAGAAACAGCCUAUCACUCAUGCGGCAUCUGGAUUCAAGCUUCGUACAUCAAUCAUGGUUGUACAAGCAACGUCCGCCGCUCAUUCAUUGGCGACAUGAUGAUUGUACGCGCAACCCGAGAUCUUGAACCUGGCGAUGAAAUCACGUUCUGGUACCACGCGCCCAACGGCAAAGCAAAGGAAUUGCAGGAAAAACUUCAAAAUUGGCAGUUUGCUUGCACCUGUGCAAUCUGUGAGGAUGACAGAGUGACGACAGCUGCUACAACCGCCAAGAGAAACAAGCUCCUCGAAGAACUGAAGCUGGUACUUCGAAGAGCCUCUCAACAUCAGACAAAGCUGGGCAAAGCAAAAGAUCUUCUCCAGGCUUUGAAAAAUACUUAUACGCGCCCAACAGAUGAAGUACCACGUCUCUUGCUUUGGGACCCGCAGGCGCUGUUGACGCGUAUAUAUCUAGCUCAAGGGAAAUGGGAGAAGGCUCUGGAGUCCUUUAUGGAAGUUCUUUCUCUCCUUGGGUUCGUGGUAUCCGGUGCAGAUUGUACGCCAGAACCAUUCAAAAUCUUGAAGUGGGGUUUGUUGGUCGAUCAUCUGAUCGAAGCAUUCAUGGAGGCGCAAGGAGCGUUCAAAGCAAUUGGGUUAUGGAACGACUCAAAAACAGCGGAAGGGUACGCGAAGAUUGCUUACAAGAUAGUAGUCGGUGAAGACACUUCUUUUGAGUCGAUUUCCAAGUCAAAAGGUUGA